AGCCAAUUGAACAAGUACUGCAUUGCUAUUUGUCACCAUUCUUAUCGCGUAGCCAACGAGCAUUGGCUCAUGUCGCUGCGGUCCUGCCCAAGUAGGAUCUUGUCAUCGAUAUUAUGUACAGCAGGUGUGCCUGUACUCAUGGCAAAAGCCUGCUGUUAUUGGCAUCACGCAACGUGCAGCUGCUUGUCAUUCGCUCGGUGCCCGUAUCAUGAUGUUCGAUGCAUCAUCAAAGAUCAGUGCGCACCAAGGCAAUCAAAAGUAUGCAUAACGAUAGAUGUAGGAUUAGGCGGAUGCUGUUCGUGCACCUGUGCAUCACAUGACCCUUGGGCGAGGAAAAAUAAUCAAGAACGGCUUGAUUUUCACAAGAGUGCACGUUGAUACUUGGUCCUGCUAGCCGGUGAGCUGAUGUGCUUAAUUUGCAGUGGCGCUCUCUUGUCGGCUUACUUCCCGUUCCACAAGUCACCAUUUAUAAAUUAUGCCGGGCUUCGCUUCCGAUACUUUU